AUGUCUGGAAAAACACUUCUUCAGUUCGGCCUCCACUCUCCAACCCGAGAUGAAAGGUUUAUUGUCACUAAUCGUCAAUAUUUGCGUGAAUUGGCUUACGACACCGUCUAUUUAACUAAAGUUGUAGCUGAAAAUGUUCCUAAAUUAAAUCUAGAGCAGAGAAAAGUUUACAAUGAAAUUUUAAAUUCGAUUAUAUCUGAUUCUGGGCAGUUGUAUUUUCUUGAUGCUCCAGGUGGUACUGGAAAAACGUUUUUAAUCAAUUUACUGCUUGCGAAAAUCAGGAGUGAAAAAAACAUCGCUAUAGCCGUUGCUUCUUCAGGAAUUGCUGCGACUUUGAUAGACGGAGGUAAAACAGCUCACUCUGCCUUUAAAUUACCUCUCAAUUUAGGUUAUUCUGAGUCUCCACUUUGUAACAUCUCUAAACAGAGUGAUAUGGCUCAUGUGCUGCGAGAAACAAAAAUUAUUAUCUGGGACGAAUGCACUAUGGCUCACAAAAAUGGUAUUGAAGCUCUAAACAGAUUGCUCAAAGAUAUUAGAGGUUGCGACCGAAUUAUGGGAGGAGUAAUUGUUCUCUUGGCCGGUGAUUUUAGACAAACUUUGCCUGUUGUGCCACGAGGAACACGUGCAGAUGAAGUUAAAGCCUGUAUUAAGUCAUCAAUUUUAUAG